UCCGAGCGCUGCAGGAGGGAGAGAGAGAUAAAGACCGCCAGCUGUUUGUGCUCGAGCACCGUGUCAACGACGGGGAAGUAUUGAGCCGAGGAUCAUGGAGUUGAAGACAACUCACCUACAUAGUGGUUACUGGUUACAGGUGCCUGCUGCUUCACCAUUUUACCAGCGAAACAGUAUGACAAGGGCGCGCCGAGACCUGGCGGUAAUUACCGGAAUGUCUGAGGGACAUUGUUUAGUCAUGUGCCUAAACCACCGUAUUGUCUAUUAGCGGAGACCGGAGUGGUUUCGAGAGGAGGAGGUGUAAGGUCUGACAGGGAGUCUAUUGCUUCAGUAGUUGUUUCGUUUUCAUUUCUUGUUACCUGGUAAAUAACCAACCACCAUGGAUAACCACAAGGAGAGUAAGACGAGGAAACAGUCAAUGAAAACCAAAUCUACAAAACGCAAAGAGAAGAAAUACAAAGCCGGGAAGCUUUUCAGGAGGAAAUCGUUGAAGUCCGUUGGGAAUUUUAUGAGCAGGAUACUGAAAACUUUGGGAACUUUGGCACACUUUGGCGACGUCGAGCCACCUGACGGCGAGGAUGAUGAUGGCGGGUUCAGAGACAGCGCCGCGUGCACGUUGAGUGCCAACUCAGGGAAUUUUAAUAAAGAUGAACUUCGGGUCUCGAGGGAGAUUAAGGUGAAGAAGAGCGCUUCAACUUUGUCUUCUCAUGGAUCUAUAAAAGACAGGCUGUCGUGGUGCUAUGGCGACAAAACUCCUGGAGUCCUUGGGUUGAAGAAUCAUGGAAACACUUGUUUCAUGAAUGCGGUGGUUCAGUGCCUCAGUAAUACGGACCUGCUGGCCGAGUACCUUGGUUUGGAACAAUACAAGUCUGAUUUGUGUCAGGGGAGAGUAAACGGAAUUGUAAAAAACGAGGACGCGCAACUUGCCAGGGGUGAGGUGACCACACAGUUGGCAUCCUUGGUGCGGGCGCUUUGGACCCUUGAAUAUACACCUCAACUGUCCGUGGAAUUCAAGAGUAUUGUGUCCAAGUACGGCUCUCAGUUCAGAGGGAACUCUCAGCACGAUGCCCUGGAGUUCCUGCUCUGGCUCCUGGACCGGGUCCAUGAGGAUGCCAACCCCACCACCAACAACAACCACAGCAGCAGCAAGACCAAUGCCAACGGAAAGGGCCUGCUGGGUGGAGCGGAGGAGAGCCCUGUCUCCGGCCCAGCAGCAGCACAUCAGCCUAGGAUGCGGCACAGCUUCGUCCAGGACCACUUUCAGGCACAGUACAGGUCCUCCCUGACAUGUCCACAUUGCCUUAAACAGAGCAACACCUUUGACCCCUUCCUCUGCAUCUCACUGCCCAUUCCCCUGCGGCAAACCAGGUGUAUGAGUGUGACGCUGGUGUUCAGUACGAAGGGUCAGAGGUAUCUACGUGUUGGUCUGGCUGUGCCUCUUAUCGGCUCCAUCUCCUGCCUGCGUUCCAUGGUUGCUGAGGAGGGCAAGACCACGCCAGACCAGGUGGUCCUGUCAGAGCUCUAUGCCACCGGCUUCCAGCGUUCGUUCUCUGACGACGACGAUCUGACCAGCGUUGCUGAGAGUGAUGUGGUCUAUGCCUUCCAGGCUCCGCCCCUCCACAGACGGGGAGGCUCCACGCGAAUGUCGGGCUUCCACCACAGCCUCCCAUCCUCGCCGUACACCUCAGGGCCAGAGGGUCAAAGGUUACCCCCAUCGACCACUCUGUCCUCAGAGUUUCUGAACCACGGUGGCUCCACUAAGGUCCUCCUCGUAAUCUGCAACACGGCAGGCUCCGGCCAGCAGGCUGUCAGGUUCGGCCCUCCCUUCCUCAUGAGAGAGGAGCGUACCCUGUCCUGGGACCAGCUCCAGCAGAGUAUCCUCAGCAAGCUCUAUUACCUGAUGCUGAACGGAUCACAGGCUCAGAAUGCAGGGUUGCUGUUCAAGGUCAGAGUGGUGGGAGGAUCUGCCUCCUACAGCUACCUGUCCCCACAAGAUGGAUGCCCUCUCUUCCACCCUGCCGUGGACAGAGCCCUGAAGUUAUGUGGCCCAGGAGGACCACCCCACGUGAAGCUGGUGAUUGAGUGGGAACACAAGAUCAAAGAAUGUCUGUUUGGUAACAUCCAGGAGGAGGUGGUGAAGGACUCAGAGAGUGUGAGAGUCCAGCAGCAGCAGCACCUGCAGCAGCACAGCUGUACCCUGGACGAGUGCUUUCAGCUCUACACCAAAGAGGAACAGCUGGCCCCAGACGACGCAUGGAAGUGUCCCCACUGUAAGCAGCUCCAGCAGGGCAUGGUGAAGAUGUCCCUGUGGACCCUCCCCGACAUCCUCAUCCUCCACCUCAAACGCUUCCGACAGGUGGGCGAGCGGCGCAACAAGCUGUCCACCCAGGUGCGCUUCCCCCUGGCCGGGUUGGACAUGGCCCCCCACGUGGUGAAGAGGUCCCAGAGCAUGAGGAACCUGGGGGACCUGGGACCCUGGCCCCCCACAUGGAAACAGCCUGAAGGCAGCAGUCAUCAUAUUAGUCACCCAGACAUGGCCCUGCCUCCUGACUUCCUCUAUGACCUCUAUGCAGUGUGUAACCACCAUGGUGGGAUGCACGGCGGACAUUACACAGCGUACUGCAGGAACUCAGUGGACGGCCAGUGGUACAGCUAUGACGACAGCAGUGUGGACCUGGUGCCUGAGGAGGAGGUGUGUACCAGGGGGGCCUACAUACUGUUCUACCAGAGACGUAACGUCAUCCCCCCCUGGUCCGCCAGCAGCUCAAUCAGAGGCUCCACCAGUUCCUCCAUGUCGGACCACUGGCUGGUCCGUCUGAAUGGGGACAGUAAGAGGGGUAGUCUGGUGUCCCGCUCCUCCACCACCUGCCCCUCCUCUGUCCAUGACUCCCCGGAGUCCCCCGUCUUCCUUGAUGACCCGCCCAGAGAGGAGGAAGGUGAGGGGCCUGGGAAACAUGAGAUGCAUGGUAAACCAAAGAAAGGUGGUUUUGAGACCAGGCCAUUUGUACGGGGCAUCCAGGGUCGUAGCGUCAGCAUGAGGACCCCCACUAAGAACAAAGAGACACUGAACAAGGUCUUUCCGCUACGCUGGUCGUUCGGCUCCAAGGACCGCCAAAAUAUUGCAGCUGAGGCCGCCCCUGCUCCCAUCCCCACCCCUGCCCCUGUGGAACUGGUGGAGUACCUAGAGUCUGGAAGAAGACCUCGCUGCACCAAGGACUCUAUAGUCAAUUUAAUGACGGGCUCUGAGAGCCGGAAGGGUCCUGCCAUCAGCUCCCCCAGUGUGGGAGGUAGCCUGAACUGCAUGGGACAAUCAGAGUCUCCGCAGAUGCCAGAGGGCCAGAGAAGACCAGUCACAGACAAGACAGGGAGUCUGAGACGAAGUAGCAAAGGGUCCCAUCAGCAGCAGAGAGACCAGGGGGACCAGAGAGACCAGAGAGACCAGGGGGACCAGAGAGACCAGAGGGACGAGGGUAGGAUGGGCAGUAGUAGUAGUACUAACACUCUGACCAGGAGGAAUACCAAGAAGAGUAAGGAGAAGGACCAGGGAAAGCCCCAAGAGGCCCCAUCUAGGAGGGGGUCUAGUGCAGGCGUCCAGUCCAGCUCCAGCACCCACAGCCUCAGAGACAGAGACUGGGAAGGCACCCUGAGGAGAGGGGCCAAGGGCCACCAGGACCCACCACCAAGGGACUGUCUGGUACCACCCGAGGGAGAAAAGAGAAGGAAGGGUGAGAAGGUAGAGGAGGCCUCCAAGAGCCACGAGGGGCUGCUGUCUUUCUUCAAAAGCAACUUCAAGAAGAAGGACAAGGAGUCGUCAUCGUCUCGCAAGUCCGACUCUGGAAAAGUUGGUGACGUCGGCGGGUCCAGCACCUCCCAGCUGUCCCUGUCCAGUGGAGCCCCAGGCGGGGCCACGAAGACGGGGGAGGCGAAAUCCAACGGAGCCCCCCGCAACGGGAGUGCCAAUCAUCUCGGAGACGAGCUACCCAACGGUAAAGCCAGACGCGCCGCUGCUGCCCAUAUCAAGCGCUCUCAGAGCUCAUCCAACAUCCCCAGCAAGGAGGAGUCUAGCAUGCGAAGGACCGCCUCUUUACACCGCAAAGGGCUGUCCCAUGACGUGGCUCCGCCCCCUCGCAGCCUCACAGCAGAGACGCCCUCCUACGGUACCCUGCAGAGGACUCGCUAUAGUACCAACUCAUUGGGACGCAAGAGGACGGUCCCCGAGUCCAGCUUUUAGCUGACAUACACACACACCCUGACACACACGAACCAGGGUCGUUUUCACUAGGCACCAAACAGAAGAAAUGGACUGAACAGGGAGGGAUUAUCUUCCUUUGUCGAGUAAGAAAUGCUAUGUUUUCUACAUUUUGCUACAUUGACUUUGUGCACUAAUCAAUCUGACCUUGAUCAAAGCAAUGGAGCUCCACUGGAAGGAUACUCCUGUAGCACAGAAACACAGGUAUGUGAAAACCACACAAGGUGGCGUGGAGGGGUGUAGCGUCAGUGAAAGAGCCAUUCACAGGGCCAAGGAGAACAUUUAGGAAAGGUGACACAAAGUAACAUAAACAAAAUGUCAUAUCAGAAUGAAUAUUUUCUUAUUCCAGUUUUGAUUUUAUUUAUGUGUAAACAAUUAUUGUGACUUAACAAGUGCCUCAGUAACUGAUAUGCAGUUUUUAACCAAUGAGUUUGUGGACACCUGGUCAGCACCGGAAGCACAUGUUGUAUUCACACACAUACAUGCACACACACACACACACACACACAGGCAUGCACACGCACGCACACAGGCAUGCACACACAUUAUCUACACUCGUGUCUUAAAAUCGUAGUAAAUGAAUGGCAUUCAUCACUAUCCUCCUCGAUCGGUUUGUCCAGUAGUGGCACCUAAAGGGAUGUUGUGACGGUGUCAUGACAAUACGUUUCGUUAUUAAUGUCUACACGCUCUAGAAGAUUUGGACAAAAACAUUGAUUCAUUGAAAGUCUACAUCAGAGCUUUAAUAGGUGAUUUCCUCCUAGAUUGAACUAUGAAUGAUUUAAUAACUGGUUGUACGUGCUGCUUGCACUGCAAACUGGCUGCUAUAUGGAUUCGCACAUUGCAAGUGAAGGUUAUGAUAUUGCACUUUCUACAAUGCCAAUGGUACCGAACUCUCCCUUUCAUGCAGUAAGAAGGGGACCCUCCUAACAAUAUAUCUUGGCCUACGCAACACGUCCCUCUUCAUUCUUAAACUCGUGAAAAUAUGCAGUUUGACCACACAAUCCAUUAUUAUAAAUUCAAGUACAUUUACAUGGAAAUUUGACAUUUUUAGCACUGAAAUCUGGCUUUAUGAUUCUAAGGAAAUGACUGUGUUUUAAAUUAGUACAAAAUGACUUCAGUUUGAUCUAUUCUUGCUACCGGUAGGUAAUGUAACUUUAUGAAGCUGAUACACUGACAGUCUGGUAUGUAGGUCUAUGUGGUACUGUAUUAGAGAGGCAAGCGGUGUCGAUGGAUUGCAUUAUUAUGCAGUUCUCUAUGAAGGAGCAUGCACUGUAACAGUAAGGUCUAACAGUAAGGUCUAACAGUAAGGUCACUGUAACAGUAAGAUCUAACAGUAAGGUCUAACAGUAAGGUCACUGUAACAGUAAGGUCUAACAGUAAGGUCUAACAGUAAGGUCACUGUAACAGUAAGGUCUAACAGUAAGGUCUAACAGUAAGGUCACUGUAACAGUAAGGUCUAACAGUAAGGUCACUGUAACAGUAAGAUCUAACAGUAAGGUCACUGUAACAGUAAGAUCUAACAGUAAGGUCACUGUAACAGUAAGGUCACUGUAACAGUAAGAUCUAACAGUAAGGUCACUGUAACAGUAAGGUCACUGUAACAGUAAGAUCUAACAGUAAGGUCACUGUAACAGUAAGGUCACUGUAACAGUAAGGUCACUGUAACAGUAAGGUCUAACAGUAAGGUCACUGUAACAGUAAGGUCACUGUAACAGUAAGGUCACUGUAACAGUAAGGUCUAACAGUAAGGUCACUGUAACAGUAAGGUCUAACAGUAAGGUCACUGUAACAGUAAGGUCACUGUAACAGUAAGGUCAUUUAUUUGAAUCAUCAGACUGUCCACUACAGUAGGCAGUAGAUAUACUGCUCCAAUCACCCCUGAAUGUCACAUACGUGUUAUUUAUCAACCUUGAUGAGCUCUUUGCCCCCCCCCUUAUCCAGUCUUACUUCUCAUCCUCUCUCUCUUCACUCCUCCACAUCAAUCAGUCUAAUCUUUUUUCCAUUUUUUUUUUCAUUCCCUGUCAUCCAUCGUGUCUCUCAUCAAGUCUCUUUGGCCACUGACUAAAGGUCCCCUCUGCUCCAAUCUGCAGAGCUCUCUGGCGUUAACGGCCUAGGCGUUCGAUUGAAACACCCUCGCUCUCACUGGGUUGAAAUUAGCGGUGUAAUUGGGUCGAGUCUCUACGGUACAAUAUCCCUUCUUAAGAGUCAUUAAGGUACACCGUGGGAAGAGGCUGUAGCUACUGGCAGAGUCACGUAAUGUCUGAGUCUGAGAACCUUUUACAUUUUUCUUUACCUGUUAGUCAUCCAUUUUCCUUCCUGAAAGCUACAGUAUAUGUACAGCUACAGUAUAUGUACAGCUACAGUAUAUGUACAGCUACAGUAUAUGUACAGCUACAGUAUAUAUACAGCUACAGUAUAUGUACAGCUACAGUAUAUGUACAGCUACAGUAUAUGUACAGCUACAGUAUAUGUACAGCUACAGUAUAUGUACAGCUACAGUAUAUGUACAGCUACAGUAUAUGUACAGCUACAGUAUAUGUACAGCUACAGUAUAUGUACAGCUACAGUAUAUGUACAGCUACAGUAUAUGUACAGCUACAGUAUAUGUACAGCUACAGUAUAUGUACAGCUACAAUAUAUGUACAGCUACAGUAUAUGUACAGCUACAAUAUAUGUACAGCUACAGUAUAUGUACAGCUACAAUGUAUGUACAGCUACAGUAUAUGUACAGCUACAGUAUAUGUACAGCUACAGUAUAUGUACAGCUACAGUAUAUGUACAGCUACAGUAUAUGUACAGCUACAGUAUAUGUACAGCUACAGUAUAUGUACAGCUACAGUGUAUGUACAGCUACAGUGUAUGUACAGCUACAAUAUAUGUACAGCUACAGUAUAUGUACAGCUACAGUAUAUGUACAGCUACAGUAUAUGUACAGCUACAGUAUAUGUACAGCUACAGUAUAUGUACAGCUACAGUAUAUGUACAGCUACAGUAUAUGUACAGCUACAGUAUAUGUACAGCUACAGUGUAUGUACAGCUACAGUAUAUGUACAGCUACAAUAUAUGUACAGCUACAGUAUAUGUACAGCGACAGUAUAUGUACAGCUACAGUGUAUGUACAGCUACAGUAUAUGUACAGCUACAGUAUAUGUACAGCUACAGUAUAUGUACAGCUACAGUAUAUGUACAGCUACAGUAUAUGUACAGCUACAAUAUAUGUACAGCUACAGUAUAUGUACAGCUACAGUAUAUGUACAGCUACAGUAUAUGUACAGCUACAAUGUAUGUACAGCUACAGUAUAUGUACAGCUACAGUAUAUGUACAGCUGCAGUAUAUGUACAGCUACAGUAUAUGUACAGCUGCAGUAUAUGUACAGCUGCAGUAUAUGUACAGCUACAGUAUAUGUACAGCUGCAGUAUAUGUACAGCUGCAGUAUAUGUACAGCUACAGUAUAUGUACAGCUGCAGUAUAUGUACAGCUGCAGUAUAUGUACAGCUGCAGUAUAUGUACAGCUGCAGUAUAUGUACAGCUACAGUAUAUGUACAGCUGCAGUAUAUGUACAGCUACAGUAUAUGUAGCUUUCAGUUGAUACAUUUAAUGGACCUAGCAGUGCCACACUUUAUCGUAGGGGUGAGAAAGACACUUCAACACCCCACACCAGUUAGUCCUUGACACUAAUUACACUUACACUUAGCGCCUGUCUGUGCCACUCGGGCACAGUUCUAAGCAAUAAAGAUUGAAUGAAUGUCUGGUCACGUCGUGUCCAUGUUUUGCACAUAGAAUAUACUGCUGAAGUGUAAGUUGAAGGAAGCAUUGUGGGCAGCAAUUCAACAGCUUGUCAUUGGUACACCAAGCAUGGAUAACAAUAAGGUAGCAAAUCCAUAUGGCCAGUUUUCAGCUCAUUUCUUUAACAAAUGAUGCCUUUUGUUAGUAUAGCCAGUUUUCACUCCCAAUAAUUAGUGGACCAAGCCAAAGCAUUGGUAUUAUCCUGGAGCAAUUUUUUACAGUAACAAACUCACCAGUCACUAUGGGACUCUAUUGGGAAGAUGGAGGAUCACAUCAGUUUCAUGUUAAAUAAAUAAGCCUAUUACAAUCCUAAGUUGUGAAGUUUUGUCGUUUGUCUUUGCAGCUUGAAUUCCUGGGGGACAGAGGGGUGUUGAGUUUGAGUUGCAACAGUACUUCACAGUCAACCGUCUUAAAACUUCACUGUUGCCCGUAGGUCUUUUCUGUGACCGAGCUAUGCUUGGUGAUAGAUAGCAUGGCUUAUCUAUAGACAACAUGGUCUCAUUAAAAUAUGUCAAAAUAGUGCCAUAAUAACCAUUAGUUAUACUGUAUGUCACAGAAACAAACAUAUGAUGUCUGCUGUGGGAAUAAGAGCGUUCAGAUGGGACAAAGUCUGUAUUGUUCAUUGACAUUUUGUUUUUCUUUUGUUCUAGAUGAGGACACUAUGUACCUACCACAAAGUUUACUUGUACCAAAAUUAAAAUGAAGACUACAAAUGAAGGUUUUUUUCCAAUUAUUUUGUGAAAUGUGUGAUAAAGAUGAUUUAUAUGCAACUUUUCUACAUUUGAUAAGAGUUUUGUAAAUAUAUGAAUACACAUAGCUCUAUAUAAUAUAUGUAUAAAGGGAGACAUGAUGUAGUAUUGCCUUGUAUAAAUCGCAGGGCUAUGAGGUUAAGGCUGAUGCACAAGUAUAGGCCUCAACUGUGGUGUGUACUGUUCUUCUAUGCACAAGAGUACGACAAGGUAUAUGUUAUUACUGUAAAACUAUUACUGUAAAACGACCACGAGGGUUUGUAUCUGCCUAAUUAGUUUAUACUGCAAAUAAAGCAAUUGUUUAACA